AGCUACGAGCCGCUCCUCCUCUCAUCAUAAACCUUGAGAAAGAAAAAAAUCUCAUAAAAAAAGCUGUCAAAGAUCUGUUUCUCUCUCUCUCUCUCUCUACUCUAUAUUCAGAAUUUUGAAAAUCUCUGGUAGGGUUUUUUUUUGUUUUUUUUAGCGAUGUCGAGGAUGAGAUCUCUCCUGAAACCACCGCUUCCAAAAUCUCCGAUCCGUCUCCGAUCACGUCAAGUCUUCCUCCACUCAUCUCUCCAAACACCAGGUUCGCAGAAGCAGGGAAGGCGAUUGAGUGAUGUAGAUCUAAAACCUAAACCCCAAAUCGAAUACUCAUCAAUCUCUAAAGAGAUACAUGCUUUAGCCAAGAUGGUUAAGGACGAGUUUGUGGAAGCAGAAGAGGAACGCAAAAAGCCGAAUCUGAAGAGCUUGGCUGCGAAUUCGGUUCCGGUAUUCGAGAGAGGGAGGUUUUACGAGGAGUAUUCAGCUAAGAGGAACGAGCGAUUGAGGAGGAAGAAGAAAGGAGAAGAAGCUGUUGUUGAAGGAACUCCUUAUCAUCUUGGUGUGAAUCAUGAGCCGAUGACGAAUAAGAGAAGAGGAACCUCGGCUAAGAAGAAGAAUGUGGUGGUCUCUAUGGGUGAGACUAGUGCUACGCCUAGGUAUUCGUUGAGGAGUAUGACUAAGGAGAAUAGGAAGCCACCGCUUCCGGUUAAUGUCGCUGUAAGUGCAAUUAAGAGUGUCGUUACUACUACUCGCAGGGGUAGGAGAAUCUGAAAGCCUCAGUGUUUGUUGUUGUUGUUGUUGUUGUUUCUUCUUUUGUGGAUUUCGAUUAGAUCCAAAAUGAUAUUUUUUUCUUUAGGGGGGAUGUUUUUUUUGUUUUCUGGAUUACUGAUACAUUCAGAUAAGCUUUAUUAUCUACAGAUGUUUUUUUUUUU